GUCAAGAUAGCCGUUGUACUUAACCCCCUUCUUCUAUUAUUAUUAUUAUUAUUAACGUUUCCCUCUUCAUCAAGGAAUCUCUCUCUCUCUCUCUCUCCAAUGAAUAACCUUGUAUCAAAAUCCAAACUUUCAACUCCAUCAUCAAGUUCUAGGAGCAAUGCCAGUAGCUGUAGCACCACUGAUAGCAACGAUAGCUAUAAUGUAUUAGACCUACCACAUCUCAACUGCAACCCUCCACCACCAUUCACAUCAUUUUCUCAUCGAUCAUUAGCAAUUCUUUCAGGACACGUUGGCUCUGUUUCGUGUUUAGCCUUAUGUGGUGAAUUCAUAUUAAGUGCUUCACAGGGAAAAGACAUCAUAGUAUGGCAACAACCAGAUUUAAGGUUGUUUGCCAGAUUCGGACAAGGCGAUGGAUCUGUGAAAGCACUUGCCACCGUUGGUAACAAGGUUUUCACAGCUCAUCAAGAUAGCAGAAUUCGGGUUUGGAAAGUGUCAAGGAGUUCAGAGAAUGUGUUUAAGCUCGUCGAUACACUUCCAACAACAAAGGACUAUUUGGGGAAGUUUAUGAAACAGAGUAACUAUGUUCAAACGAGGAGGCAUCACAAGAGAUUGUGGAUUGAACAUGCAGACAGCAUUUCUUGUUUGGUUGUUCAUAAUGGGUUGAUAUAUUCAGGGUCAUGGGAUAAGACACUUAAAGUGUGGGGAGUUUCUGAUUUGAAGUGUUUGGAGUCAAUUAAAGCUCAUGAUGAUGCUAUCAAUGGGUUGGUAGCAUGUAAAGGGGUUGUUUAUUCUGCUUCUGCAGAUGGGAAAAUCAAGGCAUGGGGAAAAGAAGGGAAAAGUUCGCAUUGUUUGAAAGGUGUUUUAGAGGGUCAUAAAGAUGUUUCAUUUAAUUCGGUUGUUGUUUCUGAUGAUGGAAAAUGGGUUUAUGGAGGUGGUUCUGAUGGUUAUGUUAUAGGGUAUGAAAGGAAUAAUGGUUGCGAGAGUUGGAAAAUGGUUUGUGAGAGAAAGGCACAUGAAAUGGCUGUGUUGUGUAUGUGUUUGAUAGGUGAGUUUUUGUGCACAGGAUCGGCAGAUAAAAGUAUAGGUAUUUGGAAAAGAGAGUGUUUUGGUAAAGUUUGUAAAGUUGGGGUUAUAACAGGACAUGAAGGGCCUGUGAAAUGCUUGCAAGCUUCAUUGUCUAAUAGAAUUGGUGGUGGAUUUUUGUUGUACAGUGGUAGUCUGGAUAGAAGUGUGAGAGUUUGGUGGGUUCCAAAGUAUGAUAAAACACAACAAGUAGAGGAGAAAAACUCUAUCUACAUUGAAUGAAUCAAUUCAUCACAACAUGUUGGUUGAAGGGUUAUAAAGAAGAAGCACAUGAUCUCUUUUUGCUGUGUCUACUUGCUUAUUUUCUUUGAUUAUUUUUGGAAUUUUGUUCUGCUCUGUUCCAACAUUGAAGCUUUGUUUUCUGUGUUUCUUUUUUGGUUUGUACUUGUUGUUUAUGCAUUCUUUUUUUCUUUUAAGAGUUGAUUGUAGAAUUGUAGAGUGAAAUUGGGGGAUAGAGGAGAGUGAUUUGGUUUGAUUAUACAUUUUUAUGUUUCUAUAUACAGUUGUAAUUGUGUCUAUAAAGAAUUCGAUCAAUGGAAAUAAUUAUUGUUCUUUUGUGGGUUA